CAAUGAUCAGAGUAGUUCCAUCCCGGAAUUCACAGGCGCUCGUCGCUUCAAACAAGCCGGCUUAGUACCGCGUAGAGUCGCGUAAAAGUUUAUAUUCCUGAUAGGAUCGUCGGGAAUCAUUGUAUGUCGUGUAUUGUGUAAUCGUGGGCUAACAAUGCGGUGGUCUACAGUUGUUCUAUUCUUCCUUUCUGUAUGUUCAGGUCUCUCACAUGCGAAUGUACCCAGUGAGGGGUUAGCGACUGAAGUUGAUGAUGGUGAACCCUACCUACACAUAAUGGCCAGAUCGACAGUAUACAAUGCUGGCGAGAGGAAAGCUAUAUACUGUAAAGGGCGUAAUUUGGCCGAGGAGAUAAAGUGGUACACCCCCUCGAACAAAGUAGUCGAGAUGCGUUCUACCAAGAAUCCCAGGGUGUACGUGGAGAAGAGGAAAGAUGAUGGAAUGCUCGCACUGAUCAUCCAAUACAUCAAGAUCCAAGACACGGGCAACUGGACCUGCAAAGCGGGCAAUAAGAGUGAAAAUAUUGAGUUUUUCGUUGGAGAAAAAGCCAAUAUUGCUGAAAGAAACGUCAAUAUGGAAGGUGAAGAAGGCAAAUCUAUUAAACUCACCUGUGAGGCUAAAGGAUACCCUACUCCAGUGGUGGUUUGGUACAGAGCUGACACCAGUCCACCAACUCCCAUUCAUGCUGAACCAAAGAAGUACAUCAUCAAGUCUGACAACUCACUGGAAAUUAAAAAUCUUAACCACGCCGACGUCGCUCCCUACGUAUGCAAAGUUAGACAAAAGGCAUUGUCUCAUUACACCGACAAGACGGUUCAUCUCACCGUACAACAUAAACCAAUAAUGUACAACCAACUGAAUACGCAAGCCUCAAAAUACAAGACUGAAGAAGUUUACGCUAUUAUGAAUGAAACCAAAAACAUUACAUGCAGUGCUAUCGCUAACCCUGCUCCAUCGUACAGCUGGUUCCGACGACUUAGCACCGACGAAGAUGUGCCCAUCAAAGAUCCUGAGAUGUUCUACACCGCUGAGGACGGCUCUUUCUCCAUCUUGAUGCUGAGGAUCCACAACGAAAGCGACAUUGGCCAGUACAUGUGCGUGGCGAACAACAUCAAGGGCCAGGAGUCAAUUAUCUUCGACGUCGGGCUCGGCGACAAACCCAAACCACCUGAUUUUGUGAGCCUGUACAGUGCUGACGCUUCAUCUUUCACAUUUAAUGUAACGUGCACCGUUUGCCCUAUGAAAUUAAAUGAUAGUAUUUCGGACAACCCUAAGAAUCUUACUCUUAAAGGUUUCUCAUUCCAAUUCGUGCCUGAGGUAGAUGACUUCCCCCCGGACUGGGACAAAGCGUUAUCAUUCGACGUCAUGAUUGAAAGUUCAAACAACUCGCUGUUCACCGUCGGUCAGUUGGCGAACAGCACGAAAUACCACGCACGUGUGUGCAGCAUCAACGCUGCGGGCUACUCCGACUGGGUGCCGAUCCUGCCCAACCCCGCAACCACCAGCACGGCUGUAGCCAUCCUCAACUCUCUCACACUACUCCUCAUGGGUACCAUCCUCGCGCGUUGUUAUUAAUUGGCUGUCACGGGAUAAUUGGUAUUUUUGUUUUGUGAUAUUUUAAUUGGGUGUUCAGCAAAACCGAUCUAAAUUACGUGUAAAUUAGAUCUAAAAUACAAAUUCUUAUCAAAUUGAUUAGCCUUUUUAUGCUUGGCAAAUAUAGCCCAUGCGUGCCAUAAGAAUUGAGUAUUUUAAUACUGAUUUAGUUCAGUUUUGCUAAGCACGUCCAAUUGCAAUUUUACCUUUAGUUGACAAAAUAUGAUAUUUUAUUUACUUAUAACCCCUAAAAUCAUAGACUAGCGUAAUUUAUUUAAUUUAUUUUAGUAUUUUAUAGUUAGCAACUGAUGCCAAAUAUUGUUUAAUAUAUUUUAAGAUGUAUUAAUUAUCCCCUUGACAUUCCAAGAAUGUAGAUAGAUAUUUAAUUUGAAUAAAAGUAAUUGUCUAUUAUUGAAGUUUUAAAUAAUUAUUAAGUGUUCAAUUCUCUUAUAUAUUUAAUAACGGCCUGAACAUCUAUAACUUGAACAUGUAUGUAUGUACUACUAUGUCAUUGUUGUAAUAGAGGAAACUUGGGAUGCGUUAAUUGUAGCCACUAUGUUAGCACUUGUAUUGCAGCUUUUGGAAAAUUUGUACUUUAAAUAAAACGUAUAUAUAGAGCCUAAAAUUAUAUAAAUUAUUCUAAUGGAGGUGUACCUUUUGGAUUACGAGGAGAAUUUUCAGAGACACUUAAUGUUUUAAAAACAUAAAGUAGUUAUGAUGAUUUCAUACAAAAAUAUUAUAUCGGUAGAAAAUAUAUUGUUCAAAAGUUCUUCAAACUUAGCAGCAAGCGCAAUAAAACAUUUAUAAUUUGCAAUUCUAUGUGUAAAUAUAAUGUAUGCUUAUAAUUUAAUGUAUUCUAUCAUAAUAUAGUUUUAAGUUAAACAUUCAGAUUGAAAACUUGUAGUUAAGAAUAUUUAACAAAUAUGUUAUUCAAAAACGUAAGAGCAUUUUGUGUCGACGUGCAAAGCGCAUGAGAAAAACGAUUUGAAACUUAAGUAUAGCAAGAACUGAUAUAAUUAUGCACUUAACGUAUGGGUAGGUUUAGAGUACAUAUUUUAAGUUUCUUAUUAGUUUUAGAAUAAGUAAUUAUUAAAUGUUGAUGAUACUGAAUUUUUAAACAUUGACAAUAUUCGUGCAGGUAUAUCAUUCCAUUUAAUUUAGCCUAUUUAAUUCGUGAGUUCACUUUCAUUUAUUGGGUUGUAUUUACUAACACUGCGGCUUAGGCUGUGGUUAAAAACGUCCGACAAUUUUUUGAAUUGUAACGAGUAAGUCCUCGAUUUGAAGUUAUUUCAGCAAGACUGAUAUACUAUUUAAUAGUUUAUUUCUACUGCUUCUUUACAUUGAUUAAUAAAGUUGAAAUUCAAACCAUUUUGCCAAAGACAUUACUCACAAAUUAGCUUAACAAGCUUUGUUCACUAAAGGGCAUACGGUUCCACGACAUUUUGAUGUAUGAAUCCAACUGCAGACUAAAUUCACGUGUAUUUAUAUAAAUUAGGAAAAAUAUAAAUAACAAGUUGAAUUGAUUGAAUUUGUUUUAUAAGAUGUUUAUUGUCGUUCAACCAACACAGAGUGUUCAUGGUUUAUAUAAUUUAUAUCUGACGUUUAUAUAACAUUAUAUCGACGCUAAUUUCCAAAAGUACAUUAAUUGUUACAUCACUUUCACUGGCCUCUAAUAAAAGAAUUUCUAAAAAUA